CCAACAACUUUGUGAUGGAAAUAAGCAUUUUCCAAAUCUAAAGGAAAUCUUUCUAUCACAUUCGAAGGACCUCAGUGCACUCCCAGAUCUCUCUCAUAUCCCUAACAUAGAAUUUAUGUCUCUUCUUGGUUGUGUGAAUUUGGCUCAAGUUCAUUCUUCAACGAUCCCAGAAAAGAAUGUACAAUUAUGUAUAGAUGACAGUGGGCCAACGCAGAUAAAUAUUGGGGGAACUAUUAAAGGGACAAGCUCCGGAUUAGUGUUUGGGUACAAUUAUUUGGAUAUUCGCAAGUUGUCAUUUAAUAAAGUGACGAUGAAACUCUUCGUACAGGGCAAGAUCCUAUCUGGUGUUAGAUUUAAACAUGUGGUAGUGCCAUUGGCAAAGAUAGCAGAAUUGAGAUUGGGAACACAAAGUUUGGCAUCCUUACUUCCGUUUAUUAGGAAACUUCAUUGGUUAGAGAAUCCAUUGGAGUUUGGGGAUGAUUUCAAGCGACACUAUACCUAUGAUCCUCAUCAUGCUUACUAUCAACGUCGGGGCCCUGACUUUAGUCUUAAUAUGAAGGUGAGGGGUGAUAGAGGAGAAAGGGCUGUGGUGGAGCCAUUGAUAAGAAGACAAAUGAUUACUGAUAAUGAAGAGUGGACGCCAUUAACAGAACUUGAAGAAGAAAAAAGGCACGGUGAGAGGACAACAUUAUUAAUGGAAGAUGAAGAAGAGGAGGAGGAUGAGUUAAUGGAAGAAAAGAGUGCAAUAUUGUUAACCAGACUUCCCAACAGUAUCACUUUUUGGUCAUUAUUGACACAUCUGACAUUGAACAAGGCUGAUAUUAUUGGGAAUGCAGGUUGCAGCAUUGCUCAAUUUUCAAUCUUGAAAUCACUUUCACUUUCUAAUGAUUAUUGCAGAAGGAUUCAGCCUCACUUGGAUGUAAAGCUCUCUUUCGACAUUCCACCAUCGGCUUUACAUGAUUUUGCUUUCUAUAUCCGUUAUAACUUGGACGUGAAGCGACAACGUUCCUACAUUGGUACUCUUUGGUUCAACUAUUAUGUUGAUAAUUAUAGGCCUUUUUAUCCUUAUUAUGACUUAGUCGUCGAGUAUGAAGACUGGUCCUGA